AGGUGUCUUUACAUGCACAAUGACACAUGGAGUGCGCUCCUAUCUCUGUGUGCUGCUGUCUGCUUCUUGCGGAAUGUGAUACCCCAUGUGUGCUGUGCACAUAGUGCUUAGCUUGGUAAUCUUCUUUGAAAGGCACAAGAACAUCUCCUUAAGGGAGCCUGCGUACCGUCUUGCUAAGCUACUGCUCUGCCUCUGUCUCCCUGGAAAUCUGUUAGCUGAUAUGCUGCCCUGCCGCACUAUGGAACAGUGGUAGAAUAGCACAACUGUUCUGGGAACGUGAGUAAGUCACAACAUCACUGGAAGAGAGGGCAGUUGGUAGUAACUCUGUCAGCCCCAAGACGGAUCCUUGGCCUCCACCUCAGAGUUCAUCAGUCUCGGCCAUGGAGUCGCCUGGGGGAGUAGCCCAUCGACCCAAAAGGACAUAUGGGUCUACAGCAGAACCCCCCCGCUACCAGGACCUACACCGGGAACUGCUUCUCACUCACAAACGGGGUUUGUCGCCAGGGGCCAAGCCAGAGCUGCAGCAGCGCCUGGAGCAGCGCCGACUGAAUCUGCACCGGGAGCAGGAGCAGGCAUUGCAGCCACUCUCCGAUCUGGAACAGGAGCUGCAGAAACGGCAGCAUAAAAUGCAGCAGGAUGAGCUGGAAGCGAUGAAGAGCAGGCAGAACCAGGAAAAUGCUCCAGAGUUUGUGCGUGUCAAGGAGAAACUGCGCCACAUCCAGCUGUCUGAGUAACAGUGCCCCCAGAUUCCCAUAAUACCCUAAGCUCAUCUCCCUUCACAACUGCUGACAUCACAACCACUGGCCUGCUCAAAAAAUGUCUCCUCAUGGCAUUAGUGGCGGAUCCUGGCAGGGGUAAGAUGGGCAGUGACCCUGGGCAGCGUCCUAUGACGGUGCAGCAACUUAGCAAACUGCUGGCAUCAAACUGCCACCAAUUUUACAGAUUACAUGUGGGGGGGAGGGUCCAGUGGUAAAGCUUGCCUGAAGGCCAAUUCUUCACUUUUCUGAUGUGAGACAAGGGGACAAGACGUAAAUAUCGUCAUCAGGGCUUGGCUGCGAUGGGAGCACGUGUAGCCCAUAUAUUUAUAUCUAGCGGAAAACUUGCGCGUCACUGCGCAUGUGCACGAUAAUUUACUACGUAUAUCCAGUAGGUGGGAUGUAUGUAAACUUUCCCCUUUAAAUUUGUUCAACUCAAAAUAAUAAAUAUCAACUGUUCUGGAAAGCUAUUCUCAUCUAUAUUUGUUCAAGAUUAAUGAUAUAUUACUACGGAGCCCCUAAGAGGUCAGGGUAACAAAAUGUUUUUCGAAAUAGUUUUACGUUCCCUCGCAAUAGUUUUCUGUUUCAAAUAAUAACUGUACUGUGUUAGUUUAAGGUAUAAAGCAUAGAAUUAAUCGAGUAAUAAGUAUAAACCUGGACGAUACAGACAUGUUCAUUGUAGUAGGAUCGCAAAACUAUUGUGAGGGAACGUAACAUUAUUUAAAAACAUAUUUUCCCACCCGGACCUCUUAGGGACUCCAUACAUUCCACAUAUUUCUAGAUUAUUAUUGAUUUUUAUCCCAAAAUAUAUAUUUUAUCACAAGAAUCGAAUAGUACUUCCAAUGAGAAACGUGAUCGGACAGAGGUAAAUGUUAAACAUAUUUACUUACAAAUUGUUUGUGAGA